AUGGCGCGCUAUACGUCGGUUCUACGUGCCCUGGCCCUUCUUCUAGCGGCUUGUCUCUGCCUGUGCACCCCUCUCGACUAUAAACGUGCAGCAUGCCAGUAUCCCACGAGCGAUCCCCUCGAGGACUGUCCUGCCGGGACGAUCCUUGUAGGCCCCUCAACGAACUACACAACUAUCCAGGCCGCGGUUCAUAGUCUUCCCAACGAUACGUCGCCGUACAUCAUUCUGGUCACGUCGGGCAACUACACGGAGCAGGUCAAUGUUACUCGACUCGGCCCUGUGACGUUACUCGGACAGACGACCGCUCCCAAUGAUCGCACGCAGAACACCGUACACGUUUACUGGGCAGAAGUUGCCGGGCCCAAUAACAACGCGCGCACGAGCACGCUGACCGCUGCGCCUGCGGGUGCGCCGUACGGUAGUACGGAUUUCCGCGUGUACAACAUGGACUUCAUCAACGACUACGCGCCAUACUCGGACACACCCAGUCUUGCGCUUGACGUGAGCUAUGCAAACGCGAGCUUUUAUUAUACCGGGUUUUACAGCUACCAAGAUACGAUAUAUGUCGGGACUCUCGGAAACGCGUACUUCUACGACAGCGAGAUCGCCGGGCAGACCGACUUCUUCUACGGCUACGGCACGGCGUGGGUUCAGUCUUCGCUGGUCACGAUGCGCUCCUGUGGGGGCGGCAUCACCGCCUGGAAGGGCACGAACACGACCUUCGACAACAAGUACGGCGUGUACAUUCAUGACUCCGCCAUCAUGAAGGAGAACAACAGCCUGAGUAUCGCGGGCGAGUGUGCGCUCGGGAGGCCGUGGAACGCACAGAUGCGCGCGAUCUUCGCGCACUGCUACCUCGACGACAGCAUCCGGCCCGCAGGCUACAUUGAAUGGCAGCCCACAGACCCGCGGAUCGAUUAUAACACCACCAUGGCGGAGUACGAGGACUUCGGGCCGGGGUUCAACUUGACGGGACGCACUGAGGGGAACGUGACGCUACUCAUGACGGAGGAGGAGUACGAGCCGUAUUCGAAUGUGGAGAAGGUCUUCCAGUAUCCGCCUAGUGGGGACUUUGGGAAUGUGGGCUGGAUUGACUCUGAGCCUUGGAGUUUCCGAUAA